GUUGCCAUGAUUUGAACAAAAUUGAUGAUUAUCAUCCACUUUAUUCUUACCAGAGAGGUACUCGGUGGCUCAUUCCUCUUAAACACACACCAACAUGGAACUUGUGAAAAACUAUGUCAAGAAAGCAAUGCCAUCGCUCAGUAGCGAUCAGAUGGAUACACUAAUGGCUAAACUGGAGGAAUUAGGAGUUCUCUCUGUAGAUGACCUGAGCCUUGUGGACCCGGAGGACAUUAAAGACACUCUGCCAUUCAUUCAGUGCAAAAGAUUCGUCAGAGCUGUCAAAGCAUUGGAAGCAGAUUCACAAGCUCCACCGCAGUUUACCAGGCCUGGCCCCUCAUCAACACCUGAGCCACAGAGGUUACAGCUGCCCUCAACACCACCUGAGACAGCCGACUCCCCAUCCCAAGACACAUAUUCUGUUCCAUGGCACAAAUUUGCCUCAAAAGUCAUGGAUGACUUGCGUGAAAAGAAGUACAUGACUUGCGGGAAAGACAGACGAGAGAUGGUUCGGAUCGUCGCUGAAGAUUACCUCCACAAACACCCAGGAAGACCUGGUAGACAAAAGCUGAGGGAACUCGCCAGUAUGAUUGUAGGACAAUAUCCUGCCUCCUUCAAGCUGACAGAGCCAUUUGGAAACGAACCUUUUGCAAAAGAUGGUUCUGAAACUGUCUUUCGUCAGCUGGAACACAGAAUUGAAAAUAUGAAGAGGCCACAAAGCUCACUGAGGAGGCGAGCAGGGGGUGAAAAUUCAACAAAGAAAAGGCCCAGGAAUUCAGAUCUGUAUGGAUGUGUGGCGUGGGAUCCAAUCAUUGAGGGGACUGUGUGUAGAGAAGACCUGCUGUCUAAACGAGAUGACUUGAAACGUGCCUUUCAAACCCGGGAUCUUCAGGAGUCAUCUGUUCGAAAAUUGAUGACUGAAACAUAUCCCAUUCAGCGUGAAAUCCUCAACGAUGCUGAUACCCCUAUUGGCGUUGUAAAGGACGAGUGGCCGUUCCUGUUUGAAGUUCCUCACCUGUUUGAUCAUGCAUCUAAACUUCUUGGCUUCUCUGUACAAAACAAGCUGGCACAGGAACUUUCCAAAAAAGAAAAGGGGAUCAAUGACUUCCUUGACUCCAAAGGGAUGAAGAUGGGCGAAGGUCCAAUACAGCUCAUCUGUGGCAUUGCAAAAUACUUCAAGGAAGACUCUUAUAAACUCUUCGACAAAAAAGAGAUCUCUGCAGAUCCUGAAGUCGAACUCCCAGUGACCCCAUGCAUCCUAGUCAGAGGUGACCAGCAAUUCAAGAUUGCUCUUGAUGGGUUACUUGUCAAUGACCACAUCACCUCUCCCAUUGUGGCCUUGAGCUACGUCUUCUCCAUGUUUUAUGUCUGCAACAUCCAAUACCCACCGGAGAUGGCUUUUACUCUCGAAUUCAUGCAGAGAGUUUUCUUUGGGAUCAAUCCUGAGCGAGGCUCCAAGGCAGAGAAGAAGGGGAAGAAACGGCACUUCAUUCCUCCACAGAAAGGUCAGACACUGGUUGCAGAGCUCUGCCUGUCGGUGUGAUAUGUGGAGUUGGAGGUGUAGGUUUCUGCAUCCUCCUGGAGGGGGCUCCUCAUUUUGCACUGACAGGUGAGACAGCAACAGCAAUGCUGGCAGUUUUAUUGUCUUAUUUUGUCAAUGUCUUUAACAAAUACAAUUGUUAUUAAUGCCUGUCAGCCUGUGGGUGCUAAAAAGUUGCUAGAUUUGGCAGCUCCCUGUUAAAGGACAUGGCUGUAGUUCUUUGAGAGAACAGCUGGUUUAUGUAUGUAAAAUUGCUCUGAAUGUGAAGGUGAUGUUCUGAAUGUUUUAAUGGUUGUAAUGUAAAUAUUGCAAUUCAUUCACCACAAAAAGUGCAAUCACUUUAAA